AUGGCGGUUUAUCACCGUCUCUUCAGGCUGUACUCGCCGGCGAAGAAUACUCUUUCUUCAUUCCUGAUUAGGCCUCUAUCUUCUUCUUCUUCUUCCUCUUCUGGGCCCUCUCUGGACCCUGAGAUCGAUCUCGAGGAAGCCGCGGCUCAGCUGGAGAAGUCUUCGUCUCCGUCUCCGUCUCCGUCGAAAGGCAGAAAUUUCCACUGGGUGUUUCUUGGAUGCCCUGGUGUUGGUAAAGGGACGUAUGCCUCUCGCCUCUCUUCUCUCCUCGGCGUUCCUCAUAUCGCCACUGGUGAUCUCGUUCGCGAAGAGCUUUCCUCUUCUGGACUCCUCUCCUCUCAGCUAAGGGAGCUUGUUAACCAUGGCAAAUUGGUUCCUGAUGAAUUCAUAAUAAGCCUGUUAUCAAAGCGUCUCGAAGCUGGCAAAGACAAUGGUGAAUCUGGAUACAUUCUUGAUGGAUUCCCAAGAACCGUGACACAAGCGGAAAUACUGGAUGGAGUAACUAAUAUCGAUCUAGUGAUCAACCUGAAGCUGAGAGAAGAGGCAUUGCUCGCGAAAUGUCUAGGAAGAAGAAUCUGCAGUGAGUGUGGUGCGAACUAUAAUGUUGCGUGCAUUGAUAUCAAAGGUGAUGAUGCUACUCCCAGAAUGUACAUGCCUCCGCUUCUUCCUCCACCAAACUGUGAAUCAAAGCUUGUAACUCGAGCUGAUGACACUGAAGAUGUCGUCAAGGAAAGACUCCGGAUUUACAACAAAAUGACACAACCAGUGGAGGAGUUCUACAAGAAGCGUGGGAAGUUGUUGGAGUUUGAAUUACCAGGUGGGAUCCCAGAAUCAUGGCCAAGGCUCCUUAGAGCGUUACACCUUGAAGACCUUUAUGAUAAACAGUCUGCAAUAGCCUAG